CCCCAUUCUGGUAUUUGAUCCAAGCUCUAACCACUGGAAGGAUGGAUCCAAAGAAAUCCAGGAAAUCCGAUGAUGAUGUAGUUGCCAUAAUCCAAUGUUACAAUGAAAAAACAAAAGCAUUCACAGUUAGGAAGAAGAACCUGACCUUUACAACAAAUGACAUGACCUUGAUUUUUGGUUUGGAAGGAGGUAAAGGAGCCAUGUCAUUAAGAUACUCUAAAAAACCAAAAUCUGCAUUCCUCAGGAGAAGAUUCCAAAAGGACACAAGGCUCACUGGUCCUGUUCUUAAAAAUGCCUUGGUUAAAGCAAUGAAAGGCAAACAACCAACUGGCUUCAAAGAUGUAGCAAUCAUUGUUACAUUGUACUUGUGUCUCACCCUAUUUUUUGCAACAAGUGGGAAUUCAAUAGGUUGGGUUUUUAUAAAGUAUGUGGAACCUCUUGAAUCAAUGAAACAGUAUGAUUGGCCGGAAGCAAUCACAUCAACAUUGAUUGAUUCUAUCAUGGCAUUGCACAAAACUCUAGAAAAAGUUAUGGGGUGUGUCAUUGCAUUGCUGUAUUGGCUAUGUGAACAUGCAACUAUCAUUGACUCGGAAGACAGUAACACAACUGACUUUCCAAGAUGUGCCAAGUGGAUCCUGCAAACCUUGACGAAACAGCUGCAGAAGACACCAGUCCACUCUCUUGCACCUCGACAGAUUGAUAACAAGCAGCUAGUCAAAAACCCAUCAGAGGAGUUCUGUCUUGGCAAAAAGACGAAGAAAGAAUUAAAAAAGGCAAUUGUCAAAUUCAAGGAGACAUUACAAGAUCCAUCUGAAGAUGGAGGGAAUGAACAAGCAGAAGGCAACACAGAAGAAUACGAAGCCAGCAAUGGACAAGAACAUCAAGCAAGCAGCACAGAAGAAGAAACCAGCGAAGAAAGUGAAGAAAUAGAACCAGAAGACAAAGAACAAAAUGAACAGAAAGAAGAAGAUAGUGAACAAGAAGAUGAAGAAGAAGAUGAACAGCAAGAAGAAAACAAGGAUGAAAGUGAUGAAGAAGAAAAUAAUGAGCCGAUGGACCAACAAUAUGAUGGCAUUUGUGGCUCGACAAUACAUCAGCCUGAAGAAUUUGAGGAAUCAAAGGAUGCCCAAAUUGCUGAUCUAUGUCAAAGACUGAAGGCACUUUCUCAAUCUAAAAAAGAAGAAGACAGAAAUUGGAUUGAAUUACUUGCUGAAAAGGAUAUUUCAAUAAGAAUCAUGACAUCACAUAACUCAGAACUUCAAGAAAAAGAAAGCACAAUCCGAAUGAAACUAAGGAUGUUGGAGGUUGAAAAAGCAGACGAUACAAAAACAAUUCAACAGUUGAGAGAAAUUUCACUUUUCCUACUAUUUUCAUUGUCGACAGUCAAAAAAGAUCCGACGUCAAUGAUAAAAAAUUUAAAGGCAAAAGAAAGGAAGGAAAAGCAGCAUGAUCCAGAAUUCCAAUAUCCCAAAGUUGCGAAAGUGACUAGAGCUUCAAAACAAGCUGCAAAGCAAGUUAAGCAAAGCACAAAGGACAAAGAAGUGCUUGAUGCUGAUGCGUACGUCUUGCCUCAACCUAUAAACAUCAGAAAAUCUUGGGCUAUGUCCCUUCAAGGGGUUAGGCUUCAGAUUCAAAUACUUCACGUUAUUAUAAGCAAGUUUAAUUCUACUUGUAUUGCUUCUUUCCACAUUGGCCAAUUAUUUCUACGUCGUCAUUCUUCGACGAUUUGUGGUUUAUUAUUAUCAUCACUUCUUGCUUUCACCAUUACUUCUGGUACCUCUCCCACUUCAUGGGAUAACUUUUCAGAAGGUUCCACUUCAGGGGAUACUCUUCAGGAGAUUCCAUUGCAGGGGAUAACUCUUUGGGAGAUUCUUGUUCUGGAGGUUCUUCUUCAAAAGUGGGCGGUAGAAUUGGGACAGUUCGAUAUCAAGUUUCAGCCCAGAACAGCAAUAAUAGCCCAAGCUUUGGCAGAUUUUGUGACAGAGUUCACUCCAGGAAGUCAUCACAUAUGCCCUGUUGACUUGACUAGUACAACCGAAAUGGGGACGGAAAGUGCCGCAGGAAUUGCGCAACCCCUAAUACAAGACACCUCGCCACAGUGCAAACCAAACAGGCUUAAGGAUCAGAAGGAAGGAAUAAACCAGGCCAUCCCUAAUGAAGACUCAUCAAUAAGUCAUAACUUGGGGCAGACAGACAGUGAAGAGCAAACCCCAACAGAAGGUGUGAACUUGGAAGAAAACAUCAGCAACACUCACGACCCAAAGACAUCGUCCAACCCCUCAACUUGCUGGUAG